CUAAUAUACACACAAUGUGGAAAGAUUUUUAAACCAACAAGGAAGUGUGUUUUAUUUGCUCAUCAAGUAUAUGCGCAAGGGACCCGGACAGGAGCAGAAGAAGAGUGUCCUCUAGUUGGCAGAAGGAGGUUGAUCUUUGGUUGCCAGAGAGAGGGUUGUCCUCUUCUAGCAUCCUUCUGAUGGAUAAGCCAAAACUGCAGUGGGAAACUGGGGUAUAUUCCUUGGAGGACAUUCUACAGAAGUACCCCCUCCCUCGUGUGGUGCAGUGUGCCUAUACACUCAAUGAUGACAUAUCCACGGAGAAGUCCAACUUUGAUUUUCUUCAGCCCAUGUUGUUGUACCAGAAGCGUGUGUGUAACAAGGUGACAGCAACCAGUCUCAAUAUUGAUCCUCAAACUGGACACACGGUGGAGGUCGGGGCACCCCUACUCAUACCUGAAGAUUACAAAGGAUGGUUUGCCGUCUCAUCCAUGCCCAAACACGAGCCUGUUCCCCACUACCGCCAGGUGGCGAAACUUGCCGCUUCAGAUUGCCACACGUUUCUUAUAGGUGGAGAAGAUGAAGUGAUUGCAUUGCAGGCGUACAGUAAAACUCAAACCCAAAAACCAAGAGUUCUCUACCCUGGCGAUGUCCUCACAGUUGUCAACUUGUAUGUGGCUACAGUCAAAGUAAGAAAAUCCAUAUUUUUUAGAACCAUCACUCGGGAAGAGACAUUUCUUCUAUGUACAGACAAUGCUGAUCGACAGGUACUCCUACCCAUUGAUGCCACAGGGGUUUUCUAUGUCCUCAAGCAUAAGACUGAAAAACUUGAGUUUCCUGUCUUGCAAAUUAAGGAUAUCGUUGCUGAUAUCAGACUACCCUGCGUUGCCAGGAUGUUGUAUGGACAUGUUCCUGUAACCCCAUGUGUAUUUACUGGGACUUUGAGGCUGAGCGAAUGUCACCAUGAUGUUUCAGUUGUGGUGUCCUCAGUUUUCAACCAAUGUAAUAUACUCUUAGAGAUCCCAGUUGCUAUUCCGCUGAUGUUCAGGGUGGCCAAACCAGACAGGUCUGUUUCCGACGGUGCUCAAUAUAAAUAUGCUUUAAGGCAGUGCCAAGAGGGAAUGGAAACAUACAUGAGAAGUAUCAAAGUUUCCCAGGAGCCUGCCUCCCAUACUGACUGUGACACGUUUCCAGUAUAUGACAACGUACCUCCUCCAUUGCCCCCAAGAACACGAACAACAAGUCCUCCAGAUGUAUUACCCAAGCCUACAGGGAGAGCACAAACGCAGACCACUCCUGAGGCCUGUUGUCCAGAUAGCAGCAACCUUGACGCCGAUUAUAUACAGAUGUGGUUUAAUCCACGGGCGCCCCCAACUCCGCCAAAAUGUGAAAACUUCAGGGACCUUCCAAGCGUCCCAAAGACGAUAGCUAGGCAAAGUUCUAUAACCAUUAGCACCACAAAUGACUACCUCACCAUGCAAAGGUUUCCCCAGGACGCAGCUGCCGACACAGACUUACAGGUUGCCAGUCUUGUAGACAAGAUUAACUUGUGGCAGCGUAGGAUCACAUCUAGGAAGGGUGGUUCCAGCUCUGGGUCAUUGAAUGGCGCAACUAUAACAAGACCUGAUGACUUGACGUACUCUGAAAUAGGAGGCCAUGCUGGGAUAAGUGGUGCGACGAACCGGGCAACGAGACAGGAGGCUGGAACAGUGUAUGAAAACAUCGAAACCCUCAGACACCUCAGGAACUAAAUGUGGGCGUGGCGUAUCCGUUUUGAGACUGAUUUCAGUAGUAAAUUGUAUCCAGAUAAAUGAAUUAGUUCGGUAUGGGUUUCAAGUCAAGUACUGGUAUGAACACCAUGCGCUACCCUCAUAUUGUACAGCUGAUAUCUUAACAUAGGGGUUUGUAAGUUUGAUAUGCAUCCGCUGAUAAAAAGUAGUUUGUAAUAUAUAUACGUUAAUAGAAAGUAAUUUGUUGUAUUCAUCUGCUGAUAAAAGGUAAUUUGCUGUAUACCUCCGCUGAUAAAAAGUAAUAUGUUGUAUACACCCGAUAAUAAAAAGUAAUAUGGAGUACAUCUCCGCUGAUAAAAAGUAAUUUGUUGCAUACAUCCAAAAAUCGAAAAAUAAUUGUUUUAUACCUCCGCUGAUAAAAAGUAAUUUGUUUUAUUCAUCCGAUGAUAGAAAGUAAAUCUGUAUACAUCCGAUGAUAAAAAGAAAUUUAUUGUCUACAUCCGCUGAUAAAAGGUAAUUUAUUGUAUAUAUCAGCUGAUAAAAAGUAAUUCUUGUAUACCCCCGCUGAUAAAAAGUAAUGUUUUCUUAUA